AUGUCCCGAUACUCAAAGGACCAGCCUGAAGGCUUCAAGAAUGCCAUUGAGAGAGUCGCCAUCGUUGGAGCUGCCGGUACCGUUGGGGCAUACAUCACCGCUGCUCUCCUCCAGACAGGAAAACAUACUGUCACAGCACUCACCCGCGAGGAUAGCACCAACAAACUUCCUGACGGCGUUAUUGCCGCACUUAUCGACUAUAAUAAUGAAUCCAGCAUUGUGGCUGCCCUCAAGAAUCAGCAGUUCUUCAUCAUUACUAUAGCUCCCACGGCACCUCGAGACACCCACAGGAAGCUGGUUCAAGCAGCCGCCAAGGCCGGUGUACCUUACAUAAUGCCCAAUGGCUUCACGGGAGAUAUUGAACAGGUAAAGCUUGGUGAGGAUACCCUCCUCGGGCUCGUUGGAAAAGCCAACAGGGACGAGAUCGAAAGGUUAGGCAUGCACUGGGUCAAUAUUUGUUGUGGCUUCUGGUACGAUUACAGUCUUGCUGGUGGGGAGCAACGCUUUGGCUUCAAUUUGGAUGACCGUUCUGUCACGUUCUAUGACGAUGGUAAUACCAAAAACUCUACUUCAACUCUGUCACAGGUUGGAAGAGCCGUUGCAAAGGUUCUGAGCCUCAAGGAACUUCCCGUCAACGAAGACGAUGGCAGUCUCACCCUUUCAAAGUUUCUCAACAAACCCGUCAACAUCAAGAGUUUCGUUGUUAGUCAGAAGGAUAUGUUUGAAAGCGUCAAGCGUGUCACCGGAACUUCUGACGCUGACUGGACGAUUACUUAUGAAUCUACUAAGAAGCGAUAUGAAGAGGGCAUGGGCAUGGUAAAGAGCGGGAAUAUGGCUGGGUUUAGCAAGCUGCUAUAUGCGAGGGCCUUCUUCCCCGAUGAUCCCAGUAAUCUCUCGGCAAAAGCACAGAAUGACCUACUUGACUUACCCGAGGAGAGUUUGGAUGAUGCUACAAAGGCUGGGGUUGAUUUGGUUAAAAUUUUACAAGGCCGUGCCGAGAGAAUGGCAUCUUGA